AUGAGAAUCUACCAAUGUCAUUUCUGCUCGUCGCCUGUGUAUCCAGGCCACGGUAUCAUGUUUGUUCGUAACGAUGCCAAAGAGUUUAGAUUCUGUCGUUCUAAGUGUCACAAGGCCUUCAAGCAGCGUCGUAAUCCAAGAAAGUUGAAAUGGACCAAAGCGUUCAGAAAGGCUGCUGGUAAGGAGUUAGCUGUUGAUUCGACGUUGACGUUUGCCGCUAGAAGAAACGUGCCGGUUAGAUACAAUAGAGACUUGGUGGCCACGACGCUUAAGGCCAUGGCUAGGGUGGAGGAGAUUAGACAGAGACGUGAGAGAGCCUUCUACAAGAAUAGAAUGAAGGGCAACAAGGAGAGACAAUUAGCAUUGGACAAGAAGCUUGUGGAGUCUAACCCAGAGCUGUUGAGAAUGAGAGAAGUGGAACUUGCAAAGAAACUGGCCAAGGAAGAAGCCAGAGCUGCAAGAGAACAAGGCGUUGACGAGGAAGAAGAAGAGGAGAGUGAUAUCGACAUGGAGAGUGAAGUUGAAAGCGAAAGUGAAAGCGAACAGGAACAAGUUAGACAAAAGGUGUUGUUGAAGAACAAGAAGCGUUCCACAAAGCGUACUGUAUUAUGA